AUGAAAAAGCGAGCCGACCUUCGAAUGAAACUGCAAUCUCUUCUUCGACCUGUCACCGAAAUCAGCAGAUCGACAAGAGUUGUUAAUCUUUCUAAAAGGAGUCUAACAUCAGCUGAACUUAGUCUUUUAUCUAAAGGAACAAAAUCCAGCCCCACUGAUGCUGCGCCCGCAAACUUCAUAGCGAACCUUGAAUCUAUUUUACUGACCUCAGCUGUGGCUGAAGACAUGCGCGCGAACAUACGCAGCUGUGCCACCGGUCUACUUCGACAAAAGAAGCACCACCAAGUCCUGCCCAUCGAUGAAGAAAAGGGGUUACAGUCUCUCAAGACAGACGACAGUAUAGUGAUUGUGUCUACUGACAAAGGUGGCGCGACCGUCAUCAUGGAAAAGAGUGAUUACGUCAACAAGGCGAACCAAGUCUUUAACGACAGGGAAGCCUACACACCACUCGCGGAGGAUCCGACUAAAAAGCAAGCCGCAGCUAUAAAAAAGAAGGUGAAUGAGCUCACUCGACUGAAGCUCAUAACUCCCAAUGACUUCAGAUUUAUGACUCUCAACGACCCCCGAAAAGCUCAUGCAUAUGGCCUCCCAAAGGUUCACAAAGAAGGUGCGCCAUUGCGGAUCAUAGUGCCGCUUAUUGGAUCGCCCACCUACAACCUCGCUAAAUGGUUAUACAGGCACCUGAAGCACCUAACCAAUGGAUCACAAUAUAACAUCAAAAACUCUCAGGCAUUUCUCCAGAAGAUCCAAGGCCUCAAAGUAAGUCCUGAUGAGUGUACUCUAUCGUUGGAUGUGGUUGCCCUGUUUCCCUCAAUACCACACUACCUAGCGAUUGAGAGCGUAACCCGACGCCUGCAAGAUAAUCCAACCAACAUUCAGCUAGAACACAUUUCAGAACUUCUUAGACUCUGUCUCAAGAACUACUGCCAAUUCGAUGGAAAGUUUUAUCAACAGGUUAGGGGUACACCAAUGGGCUCGCCAAUAUCAGGUCUGCUAGCUGAACUGGUACUACAACAACUAGAAGAGGAAGUUAUGCGAACCUUUAAGCCAAAAAUGUGGCUCCGACACGUAGAUGAUACGUUUGUUAUCAUGAAAAACUGUGAAAUUGAGCAACUGCAUCUGAGUCUGAAUAACGUCUUCGCAGCUAUCCAGUUUACUCGCGAAGAGGCAACAGGAGGCCUUCUCCCGUUUCUAGGCGUUAGUACCCAAACGCUCAGUGAUGGCGGUCUUGCAACGAGCGUCUACCGAAAAGACUCCAGUGCUAACGUCAUUCUUAAUUAUGAAAGCAACCAUCCUGCGGCUCAUAAAAGGAGCUGUGUCCGAACCCUUUUCCACCAGGCCUAUCGUUACUGCAGCAGCGAUGAUCUGCUUAAGAAAGAACUCAUUUUCUUGUAUCGGUUAUUCCGGCUCAAGAGGUACCCGAUCAGCUUUGUAAAAAACUGUCUCAGACAUCGCAGACAACCACAAAGCACUGGUCCUAAUAAGGGACCAGAAAUACGGAAAUUCUUCUCACUCCCCUACAUACAGGGCAUUUCCGAAUAA